UCGGCCCUAAAAAUGCUUUGCGGAGGCGCAGUGCACGUGCUCACGCUCACACUGGCGCUGUGCGCGGGCCACGACGUGCGGGCUGAAGCGCACAUACCCCGGGAAUACGGCGUCAAGCUGUGCGGCAGGGAAUUCAUCAGAGCCGUCAUUUUCACCUGCGGGGGCUCACGCUGGAGGCGCUCCAUGGAAGCCGUCCUCUGGAGAGACAAGACGAUGGACACCUCCUUCCACACCCGCAGCCUCCUUUCCCCGCGAGCCCCCUCGUCCUCUUCGUACUCCCUGGAGGACCUCCUGUCCAUACGUCGGCAGCAGUGGGACACGUCUUACUUGUCUCACAUUUUAGGUGUUCUGGCAGCAGAGGACCAGCCUUCGAGCAGCAGUAGUUGUAGGAAGAGGCACCACUUUUCUGUGGGUGUAGCAGGGACUUGCUGCAGCCAGGGAUGCACCAAGAAUGAUAUCGGACUCUUGUGUUGAGUGCUUUGAGUCGUGGACGUCUUUUCUCUUUCUACACACAUUGUCAUCUUUCUGCAUUUUUAAAAUAAAUAAAAUAUUGUCUUUAUGUGAAACAAACCACUUAUUCUGCCUUUUUAUUACCAUCUUCUAUCUCCAUAUAGCUAAACACUGAUUAAUCCCUUUUAUUAGAAAGGAGGGCAUUUUAACUGUACAUACACAGUAGUUAAGACACUGAAUGCAUUUUAUAUACAGUACUGUGGAAGAGUGUUUGCCUCCUUCCUGUUUUAUUUUUUGCAUGUUUGUCACACUUAAAUGUUUCAGGUCAUCAAACAAAUGUAAAUAUUAGUCAAUGACAACACAACUGAACACAAAAUGCACUUUUUAAAUGAAACUUUUUAUGAUUAAGGGAGAAAAACAAUCCAAAGCUACAUGGUCCUGUGUGAAAAAGUGAUUGCCCCCUAAAGCUAAUAAGUGGUUGGACCCCCCUUAGCAGCAACAA